AUGCUAUCUUUACAAACAGCUCUCGUUCUGGGUCUUUGCAUGUUUUUACCAAGCUUGACCUUGGCAGAUGAUCACCCACCUCAGAGUGCAGAAGUAUACUGGCGCUGGAAAGAUGAAGGAAAUUCGAAUCCACAAGACUAUGGUAUCUUCACUGGUCACGCUACGGUUACAUGGACUAGAAGUGCACAUUGCAAGUCGACCGGUGUAAAACAUAACUGGGUACCCCAGUUGAGUGGCUCGGUUGUGUCGGUCACGGCGGUGACCAAGCAGGGUAGUAAAGAUUAUAUGGAUCCCAAAAGCAUUGCUCAUUGGGUUCAUUACGAAGACACCAUGAACGGAUGUGACGUGCACUCGAGGACUGACUUCACAGUUUACAAAGGUGGAGAUCGAUCACAGAGGAUGAUCAUCCGACUUCCUGAUAUCUGCACCGAUGUAAGCUGUAAAGGUCCAAACAAAGAGAAACCUAAUGUUCAAUGUUUGAAUGGUCCAAAAGGAAAGAUUGUCAUGUACCUUGGAAAAUGGAUUGAUGAAUGCUUUAACGCUUGA